UUUUUCCUUCACUUGACGGAAAAUCUUGUUCGUUGUAAGUAAAUUUUARAACCAACAUGGCMGAUGAGGAUGUUGCUGCUUUGGUCAUAGAUAAUGGCUCUGGUAUGUGCAAGGCUGGUUUCGCUGGAGACGAUGCUCCACGAGCCGUCUUUCCUUCCAUCGUCGGACGACCCCGUCAUCAAGGCGUUAUGGUUGGCAUGGGGCAAAAGGACUCGUACGUUGGAGAUGAGGCGCAAAGCAARAGAGGUAUUCUUACCUUGAAAUAUCCAAUUGAACAUGGAAUCGUUACCAACUGGGACGAUAUGGAAAAGAUUUGGCAUCAUACUUUUUACAACGAGCUACGCGUGGCACCAGAAGAACAUCCAGUGUUACUAACAGAGGCACCUCUGAACCCAAAAGCUAAUCGCGAGAAAAUGACACAG